AGCUCAGAGUACUUUCCGCAGAUACAAGACAGAAAUCUGCACCAGCGACUGUCGAAUCCACGACUUCCUUGUAUGAAAGACAAGUUGUUUGAAUCGUCAAACCAUCCAUCCACUUCUCCUCAUGAAGCUCACUAUCAUCUGGUUCAGUAUCGGCGUUACUGCUCUAGCAAUCGUAGCUCCCGCAUCCACCAACAAGUAUGAUGUCCAAACAGAUCUCACCACCAUUCUGGCCAGAGACUCGAUGGCUCCCUCUCCUGAGACUGAACACGAGUGCAUGGAGGCUUGUGUAGAUGCUGCCCUGUAAGUCCGCUCUCUCGUCCCUCCCAGUUUGGUUCUCGUUGCACCCUCUCCCACAUCGCCAUCGUACCACAAAGCCAUUGUCUGAUAAAAGUGUAUCAAGAAAAUCAAGCCCUUGGAACGGGCGAAUCAUCAAAGCAGCGCUGCAAUGCCGUCGUCGGUGUCAUGGACACGAAAAGACGGAGGAAGAACUACAGAAGGAAGCGGAGAAAAAGAAGGAGACCGAAGAUGC